UAUUUCUUCUUUCUCGCACAUCUUCGAACGAGUGAAAAGCUCUCAGGGGAAGAAGCAAUCACAAUCUCGGAGAAGAAAUGGCGGCCAAAACCCUAAUCAGGUCGGGAGCUUCGCUGAUGAAUCGCUUCCUCUCAAAGCCGACGACGAAUCUCCUACAGAACAAUCUCAGAUCGUUUCAGCAGAUAGCUCCUCACGGACCAGAACUCCCGCCGUUUUUUCCCCCGUCGUUUUCGAAUCUACAGAGCUGGCUCCAUUCCCCUCGUAACGAUAUUGUUACACUUAAGGAACUCACGGAACGUGGGUUUCUCCACCCAUCUGGUCUCCCUUCCCUCGAGUUCUUCUUACCAGAAGUUACCAGCGGCAGCGUCAACAUUCUGCGUCAAUUUUUGUUUGUUUCGUUGACGCAGAAAUCUGCGUCUGACGCCGCGUCCUGCGGCCGACGUCGAUAAAACCUGCGGUCGCGAUAUAAUAUGUGGCAGCGUCUGCGAAACGAACAACAACUGUCUUCAUUGACGCUGACGCUAACGCCGAAACCUGCGGCAACCAAACGAACAGGGCUUUAGUCUUUAGAGUCAUGAAUCUGGCUAUGUUCUGUGGUUGAGCUGUGCGUGUAAUGAAAACUAUAAGAUGUUUCAGCUUUGAGUCUAUUGUUUGUUUCUACUUUGCAAAGUUGCACACUUUUUGCUGUGUUGAUGAUAUCUUUGUUCUUGGGGUGAUGUA